AUGGCAACGUCUAAAAUUCGUCAAUAUUUGACCGGCGACUACCAGCCUGGGGAACGCAAGCUCAUUCAAAAGAUUGACUUCUUCAUCCUGACAUUUUGUUGUUUGAGUUACUUAGUAAACUACCUCGACCGCACCAAUCUCAACAAUGCCUACGUUUCUGGCAUGAAAGAAGAACUAGGGUUCGUAGGAGAUCAGCUGAAUCAAAUCAACACCUGUUUUACCAUAGGCUAUGUCAUCGGCCAGGUCCCAUCCAACCUAUCCCUUCACUAUGUGAAGCCGCGUUUCUGGUUCCCGCUCAUGAUGGUCAUUUGGGGCGGCCUAACAAUGUGCACCGCCAGCGUGCACAGCCCAAAAUCCAUAAUGGCCAUCAGGUUCUUCCAAGGCUUGGCCGAAGCCUCAACUUUUGUCGGCACCCACUACAUCCUCGGCGCAUGGUACACGGAGCGGGAGCUAGGAAAGCGCAGCGGCAUCUUCACCGCGUCCGGCCUCGCAGGUACCUUCUUCGGCGGAUUCAUCCAGACAGGUAUCCACAGCAGCAUGGACGGGCUUCACGGUUUGAGCGGAUGGCGCUGGCUUUUCAUCAUCGAUGGCCUGCUGACUAUCCCUGUUGCCAUCUACGGCUUCAUCUUCUUCCCUGAUACUCCGCAUACGACUCAGGCGUUCUACCUGACUGCAGAGGAACGCGCUCUCGCUGCGUCACGCGUGCCUCAGAUUCAGGAAAAGUCACCGCUGACCUUCCGAUUCCUCAAGAAGGUGCUUUCUUCGUGGUAUUGGUGGGGUUUCGUCAUGCUUUGGAUCAUUGCUGGAGAGACCGAGUCGUUCAGCACCAACUCCCUGCUCGGACUGUAUAUGAAGAGCCACCCGGUGAACAAGUACACCGUUGCCCAGCUCAACAACUACCCAACCGGUGUGCCUGCAGUGGGUAUCGUGUCUACCCUCUUUUGGGCAACUCUCACGGACUUCCUUGGUGGCAAGCGAUAUCUGGUCAGCUACUUUAUCGGUCUUACAGGCAUUGUUACGUCGGUAAUGAUUCUAGUGGCAUCAAAAGAUCCUACCAGCGCAAAGUCCACAUCUGUCGUCUUUGGUGCUUAUUACUGGGCAGGUGCAGUCUACGCCUGCCAGGCGACCUUCUUUGCGUGGUGCAAUGACGCGAUGAGAUAUGAAGAAGGGGUUUUCCGCGGCGUUGUGCUCGCUGGUAUGAACCUGGGAAGCAACGCCAUCAACGCCUGGUGGAGUAUCGUCUUUUAUGGCGCGUCGAUGGCGCCAUGGUUCACCAGAGGCAUGUGGGCCAUGAUCGCGAGCUCUAUAGCCCUGAUUAUCUGGACUAUCGGGCUGACAUAUCUCGCGCAUAGAGAGGACAAGAGAAGGGUCAUUAAUGCUCAUGAGACGGUGUCUGUUGAUAAAGGGGCAGAUAUAAAGGAUGAUGGCACUCGUAGCAUAAUGUUGAAGAUUGGGGGGUCAUGGUAUUUCGAGGAAGCGGCCCGAAAGGGCGCGACAAAGGGCGAGACCGGUGUAGCCCCUGAGAAGGAAAUUCGCUCCCACAGCAUACCGAGGCCGGCAGUGGGGGCUCCAUCGCAUAAGCUCGCGGGUGCCGAGGCCGGACCCAUAAGAACGGGCCCAGCCCCACCGGAAGCCGAGGAUGACGGAUUUGGCGCGGAACAAGAGUCAGUCACCGCGGUCGAAUUCCGCUGCAAGUGUAGAAUCGUUUCCACGCACAUGAUUCUCUGUAAUUGUACCUAUGUUCUUCCUAAGCUGCAAAAGCUGCUGAAUGCAGUGCUUUAA